AUGGCGCCGAUGAUGAUGAUGAAAGCGGAAAUGUCGAUGGAUGCCGCCGUCGGAGCAGCGCCGAUGCCGAUGGGGCGUGCCUUCGCUGCAAACGGGGGAGGAGGAGGGGGCGGGGGAGGAAUGCCACCCCCACCGGAAAUCCGAAUUCGUAAAGCAUUUCCCGAAACAUGGAUCUUCACCGAAUUGAAUGAACACGACGACAAGACAGAGUUGGUGCAAAUGGUGCCAGACACGAUUACUUCUUGGAUUAUAAAUGCCUUCCAGAUAAUCUCGAGCGAUGGCCUCGGCGUGACAAAAUCAUCCUCCAAACUGACCGUAUUUCGUCCCUUCUUCAUCGUCCUGAGCGUCCCCUAUUCCGUCAUCCAGGGCGAAGUUUUCACCCUGAAAGUUCUCGUCCACAACUAUCUCGGUCACCCAGUUGGAGCUCGGGUCACCCUCGAAAAUCCUGACGACGCCUUCACCUUGGCCAUCGGGGAGGAAGGCAUCCUCACCAAAACGAUCGACUCCAUCCCCUCCCCCUCCGUCGCUGUGGUCACCUUCGUCAUCAGCCCGACCAAGAUUGGUGACCUCGUCCUCUCCUUGAAAGCCGUCGCCUCCACGAAUGAAGCCGGCGAUGGCGUGACGCAACCCUUGAUCGUGAAACCGCCGGGGGUCAAGCAGUCCAAAACGGACGCCGUGUUCGUCAACCUGCUCAAAUCGAGUAAUAAAAUCGUUCGGAAAACGCUAUCAGCCACGUUUCCCGAGCACCGCGUCCCGGGCGGGGAUAUCGUAAAAUUCACCGUUAUCGGAGACAUUAUCGGGGGCGCGAUUAUAAAUCUGGAGUCGCUCAUCCAACUCCCGUCCGGCUGCGGGGAGCAAAAUAUGAUCAAUUUCGUGCCAGACUUGGUUGUCCUGGAUUAUCUGAAAUCGAUCGGGAGUCUGACGACGUUUGUGAAGACGAAGGCCGUUUCCUAUUUGGAGGUGGGUUAUCAAAGGGAACUUACCUUUAAGAGGUUUGACAGCUCGUUUUCCGCGUUUGGGAAUACAGACGCGGAUGGAUCCACGUGGUUGACGGCGUUCGUUGUGAGAUCGUUUAUCGGGGCGAAGAGAUACAUUUCCAUCGACGACGCGGUCCUAAUUUCCUCCCUUGACUUUCUAAUUCGACAACAGUCUGACAAUGGGAGCUUUGUCGAGAAUGGGUACAUCCACGACUUGGUUUUGCAAGGGGGUGGGGGUGGAAGCACCUACGCACUCACGGCCUUCACCCUGCUCACCUUUGUCGAAGCCAAGAGCCUCCCCUCCCUCCAAGAUAAGGAGAAUCCCAGAAAUUAUGGCGGCAUUGUCAAACCCGCCUCCGUAGAAAUGACCGCGUACGCCCUGCUGACCUACCUCAUCCGGGAAGGGGACGAACUUAAAGAUUCCAUCGAAAUUGGUCACUGGCUUCUCAAACAGCGGAACGACCAGGGCGGUUUUAUUUCCACGCAGGACACCGUCGUCGGCCUGACCGCGUUGGCCGGUUUGGCCAAAGCGACCUCAACUCCGAAUUACAACGUGAAGGUCAAGCUCCUCCUCCCGGCCGGGGUCACGAGGACCAUCGACAUUGGUGCGGACGACGUAGGGACGUUGCAGGAGUACUUCCUCCCAGCGGGCCUGACCAGCGUCACUUUCGAGGCGGAAGGCGUCGGUACCGCGUUGGCCCAGCUGAGUUGGAUUUACUACACGAUGAAGACUGGGAACAAUUCUGCGUUCAGUUUGGAAAUUGAUGUUCAACCAAAGGAUAAGAAUCGACUUUUGCACUUUGUCAUUUGCACGGCUUACAAGCAAGGAGAUAAGUCAAAUAUGGCCAUUUUAGAAGUUAAUAUCCCGACGGGGUACGGUUUCGAGCAGGAUGAGCUUAUCGAUUUGAAGAAGGAUGUGGCAAUAAAACGAACCGAGUUGGAAAAUUCCGACUCAAAGUUGAACAUUUACUUCAACUCUUUAACGGCGAAAACGACAUGUGUGACCGUAACUGCGCAUCGGAUUCAUUUCGUCGCAAAGCAUUCAAAGUCUUCCGUCAGUGUGUAUGACUAUUACGACACGACGCAGAGAGUGACCAAAUUGUACGACGGGGCGGAAGUUGAUCCUUGUCAAAUCUGUGAAUUGGACGAUUCUUGUAAAGCGCACAAGUGCGUUUAAUAAUUAAUUAAUUAAUUUAGAUGAUUGUAAUUGUGCAAUUAAAUAAAUCUAAA